AUCAAGUGCGGGUGUGUUUCCGGAAGACGUGGCUGUUCCAGUGGCAUCCUCAAUGGUGGCAGCUGUCGUCUUUAUGAUUUUUAGAUGAACAUUUUGCCCCUUUUAGUUUUCUUUUACACAAAUUCGCGCCAAGAUGAUUUCCUUAACGGACUCGCAAAAAAUCGGAAUGGGAUUAACAGGCUUCGGCGUGUUCUUCCUAUUCUUUGGGAUGAUCCUGUUCUUUGACAAAGCACUCCUGGCGAUUGGAAAUAUCCUGUUUGUUGCUGGACUUGCCUUUGUCAUUGGGCUGGAGAGGACGUUCCGCUUUUUUUUCCAAAAGCACAAAAUGAAAGCUACAAGUUUCUUCUUAGGAGGCGUGUUUGUGGUACUAAUUGGCUGGCCCAUCAUUGGCGUUGUGCUGGAAGUGUAUGGCUUUUUCCUCUUGUUCAGAGGCUUCUUCCCAGUUGUAAUCGGCUUCAUAAGAAGGAUACCAGUCCUUGGCUCCAUCUUAAACCUGCCCUUCAUCAGUUCCUAUGUGGACAAAGCGUGCGAGAGCAACACCAUGGUAUAACACUGACAUCUUGUACAGAAAGGAGGCUUCAUUUAGCAACGCGGCCUGCCAAUGGAAAUAAUGUCAAGUUGCUCAGGGUGAACAUUCGGGCGGAAGAAGACUGCUUCUGUUUGCCUGUUAGGCCGCUCAUCAACGUGUUACUCAAAACUGUUACCGUGCUGUUCGCAAAAGCACAGUCGAGUAUUGAAUCAACAACCUUCUGAAAGAAUGAAUAGUGGACAGUUUUUGCCAUAUUGUCCUCUUUUUUUUUUUGUGCCUCUACUUUGAAUUCUAAAAAGCUUUUAAGUGCAGCAUUUUGUGUCUCGACGUUUAGGCCGUUUAAAUGCUGGACAGUACAGUUGAAAGUGUUUAUUUUAUUUUUAAAGUUUUUUUUUUUAAUUUUUGCUUUCUAGAUCUAAGCACAUCCACUAAAGAUGCAAUGAAAGAUCACUACUGUCUUGCUCCAUUGUUAAAUUGCAUCUCUAAAGUAAAACGUGGAUUAUAAACAGUCAGAGAAGAAAUGGUUACAUUUGCAUGUUGUUUUGCUUCAUGUUUGGCAAAGUCAAUUUUUUUUGUAUAAGUGAUUAAAACACUUAAAGUUGUUAAAAAGUUUCCCCAUUAACUGUACAAAUUGUGUUUACAGGAUUUUGUAUAUAUAUUUGCCAUUAAAGAAAGGAAAUUGUC